CUCCCCGCGGCUGGCCAAGCCACAUCAAGCGAAUCGGGGAUGGAGAAACCAACCGAGGCGACGGCGGCGCGCCGUGACGAGAAAACACGUGACUCUCACUCGCAUGGGGAGAAGAAACGCAGUCGAGAGGACGAAAAGAAACUUAACGAUAUGGAGCGACGUAAGAUUCAAAAGUACAAGGAGGACAAGCUCAAGGAACGCAAGGACCACACACGCCGCGUGCUUGAACAACAGGCACAAGAGAAGCGCCGCGAUCUCUUGGGACGACAGUCCGAGUUCAUUGGGACUUUGGAGUUCCGCAACCAGCUGCCAGAUUUGCCAUUCGAUGCCAAGUUUAUCCAGUAUGCCCACGACCCUGAUCGGUUUGUCAAGUACAAGCCGUCACUCGUCGAGCGCGAUUACGUCCAUGAGUUUUACGUUGAGCCGAACCUGGGCCUGCCAAUUGACCUUAUCGAUCCUGAGAAGUUCGAAGUGCCCGACGUGUCGGAGCGCGCCAUGACCAACGUCGACAUCGAGCUGCUCAACAUGCCGGAAGUCAUCAGCGGGUCGUCCGCGGCCAAGGCCAAGAUCCGGCCGCACGUACCGUGGUUGCGACGCUCGGAAUUCAUGGGGACCGAUCUCAGUGAGGCCGUGCAUCAGUUUAAAAACGAGAGCGAGUUGCAAGUCGAAAUCCGCGACAAGAACCAGGCAAUGUUGUCCGUCAUCAUGCAAAAGGAUCUCGAACAGCGUGCGAACGAGUCGUUCGACCUGUGUCCGCCCGCCAACAAGAUUGUGCACCCGCUCAAGGCGGACCUCAAACCUGUCCAAGUGUGGGACGUCUUUCCCGACGAAAUUUUAUCGAGCAAUAUUUAUUCCAUUUUGUCGUACGAUAUCUUGCCGUCGUCCGAAACCAAGCACGACCCAGCGAUCUUUGACCGCGAGUCGCACGCGCUGCUCCGCAAUGUCGUGACAGUAUCCCAGCCGAACGCGAGCGACGUGCUUCUUGGUUCGAUCUUGUUCCCGUCCAACGGGAACAAAGCACUGGAGGAAUCGAAAACCAACGACUCGGGCGACGACGGGGCGGGCGAAAAGUUUAAAUUCUUUCGCGAUUACGUCCUCAGCAUCAAUCAUUUUCCGAGUGACGUGCAGCAGUUGAUGCUGAUGAUCAACCCCGACUCGUCCACGGCUACGUACGCAAGCCUUAGCACCAACAUUGCGCUCAAGAAGACAAAGAUUGGGGGAGAUGCCAAGCGCCGACGGGGGGCGGUUGUUCACCGUCGUCCGUACAACGAAGCCGAAGAAGAAAAGCGCACAGAGAGCUUGCUCACCGUUGGUGGCAUUUACGACGAACGGUUGAAUGGGAUGGUGGGCCACGGUGGAAGCCUGGUAAAGAACGCAGGCGACGAUAUCGGGAGCCCCGAUGUGAGCGACGAAGACAGCGAGUAAGCCAACUAGACAAGGAUCGUCCUGUGUGCAUGACGAAUCCACCAACACAUGAGGGCGACGCUCGUGAGCUCCGUGGCACCAGUUCCUUCGACCAACAUACUGGCAUACAGCGACACGGUCAGAGCCACUGCGUUGUUCGUGUAAACGGUGCUCAAAACAAGUUGAUGUCGUCGACGUCAGUGGUUUUCAACUCUUAAGAGUACUGUCGAUGUUGGCCAAAA